AGUUUCUCUUAAAGAAUAGUGGAGUCAUACAACUUAAUGAAGAACCACAAGAAAUUCCACAAAGUACCACAAAUGACAUACCAGUAGAGACUGAACUAUCUAUAACACAACCUCUUCGGAUAUCUGAAAGGGUUUCUAGGGCGCCUGAGAGGCUAUACCUAUUGUUAGAGAACAAUGAAGAGGGACUUCUUUUGGAUAAUGAACCAAUAAGCUAUGAUGAGGCAAUGUCGGACAUUGACUCAGAUAAAUGGCAAGAAGCUAUGCAAUCCGAGAUAGAUUCUAUGUAUUCAAACAGAGUAUGGACUUUGGUUGAUCCACCACAGGGUAUAAUACCCAUAGGUUGUAAAUGGGUUUACAAACGAAAACGUGGUGGAGAUGAAGAA